AUGAAAGCUAAGCUCGCCGUGGCAGGGCUGCUUAGUUUGGGGAAAAGUCUUUUUGCCACUCCAGCAUAUUCACUGCUUCAGUACCCUGCUCACUUGGCCCUGUCGUCUCAGACGUCGGACGGUAUGGCGAGCAACGUUGACUUGCAUGUCCUUCUCGGAGCUGCAGAGCGUAACAAAUUUCACGUGGUUGCUCUGCAGGAGACCAAGUGCAGAUGGAGCGACGUACGACAGAUGAAUGAUGGUACACUCGUCACUCGUGAAGAGAAAGUUUCGUCACGAAAUGUAGGCGGUGCUGGUUUUGUUGUGCACCCAAUUUGUCGUCCAUCUUGUCGAUUCUCACGAGAUAAUCUCACCUUGUCUAGCCAUUCUUCGCCUCCGCCCUCUGCGCCAAAAAACCCAUCAAUGUCAUCAACUGCUACUCACAAAGGUCAACAGUUAUUGAAUCCGAAAUUAGACGCGUUUUAUGAGGAACUGGAAAACCCGAUAAUCCCCACUGGCGAAGCUCCACCACAGAUUCUCCCUUCGGAAGUACGAGUUGCUAUCAAGAGCAUGAAACCUGGCACAGCCUUCGGACUUAAUUUCAUGUCAGCAGACUUUCUUCGGGCUUGUGGCCAUCCACUUCAUGUAAUCUUAGCAGCGUACAUGACAUCCUACCCUCAGAAAGAACUGUUUCUAUCCAUAAGGAAGGUGACACAUUCGGAACUACCAUCCGAUAUGCUUGCUGAGCGUGUUGUACAAAGUAUUCACAAAAAUCAUCCUCAUGCGCAUAUCUAG